ACGGACGCGGCGGCCGAGGCAGUUCCGGCGCGCGGCGCUCGGGCCGGCCCCGCCAUGGGCAUCCUGGAGAAGAUCUCCGAGAUCGAGAAGGAGAUCGCCCGCACGCAGAAGAACAAAGCCACCGAGUACCACCUCGGCCUGCUGAAGGCAAAGCUCGCCAAAUACCGAGCUCAGCUGCUGGAACCCUCCAAAUCCUCAGCUGCCAAGGGAGAAGGCUUCGAUGUGAUGAAAUCUGGAGAUGCCCGGGUGGCACUGAUCGGUUUCCCUUCUGUGGGUAAGUCCACCUUUUUGAGUUUAAUGACCUCAACUGCCAGUGAAGCUGCCUCUUACGAAUUCACAACCCUGACAUGUAUCCCAGGAGUCAUAGAGUACAAAGGAGCCAAUAUCCAGCUGCUGGAUCUGCCUGGAAUCAUCGAAGGAGCAGCACAAGGGAAGGGCAGAGGUCGGCAGGUGAUAGCGGUGGCCAGGACAGCCGAUGUCGUUAUUAUGAUGCUGGAUGCCACGAAGGGGGAAGUUCAGAGGGCCUUGCUGGAGAAGGAGCUGGAGUCGGUCGGGAUCCGUCUGAACAAAAGCAAACCAAAUAUCUACUUCAAGCCGAAGAAGGGUGGAGGCAUCUCCUUCAACUCGACUGUCACGUUGACUCAGUGCUCCGAGAAGCUGGUGCAGCUCAUCCUCCAUGAGUACAAAAUCUUCAAUGCUGAGGUCCUCUUCAGAGAGGACUGUUCCCCUGACGAGUUCAUUGACGUGAUUGUAGGCAACAGGGUCUACAUGCCGUGUCUCUACGUCUAUAACAAGAUUGACCAGAUAUCUAUGGAAGAAGUGGAUCGCCUCGCUCGGAGACCCCACAGUGUUGUUAUCAGCUGUGGCAUGAAACUGAACCUGGACUACUUGCUGGAGAAGCUCUGGGAGUACCUGGCACUUACCUGUAUCUACACUAAGAAAAGAGGACAGAGACCAGACUUUACAGAUGCCAUUAUUCUACGGAAAGGGGCCUCUGUGGAGCACGUGUGCCAUCGGAUUCACAGGUCCUUAGCCAGCCAGUUCAAAUAUGCCUUGGUGUGGGGGACAAGCACAAAAUACAGCCCUCAAAGAGUGGGCUUAACCCAUAUGAUGGAGCAUGAAGAUGUCAUUCAGAUUGUGAAGAAGUAACCCUCUUUGCUGGUGCCUGGCCUUGUCUUUAAUCACUAGAAUUGGAACUGACCACAAAAAAAGCAAAAGAAAAUUGAAAAAAAAAAAAAAAGAGGAAAAAAAAAAAAGGAAAGGAAAAAGGGGAGAUGUGUUCCAUGGCCAAGAAAGCAGGAAAGCUUCCGUGAAGCUCCUUCUCUUGGAGACAGGCAGAAAAUGCGGCUGCUCUACUUGCAGGUGGGGAUGGGGAAGAUGGGUUUCCACCUUGUAGCGUUUCAGGCAAAGUAAUGUUUCUUAAAAAAGGAGCCAAUUCUUCUAGGACACAGUUCCCACAGCUGGCAAUGUCCUGCCCCUGGCACGGGGAUCCGUGUGUUAACCCGCCCAUGCGUCAGCAGUGGGAAGUUCCAGGUUUGUGUGAACAAACCUGGGAAGCCCAGGCUGAGAGAACAUUGCUGAUGCUUUGCUGUUUAUCCAGUCACUUAAUUUAAGCAUUGAUCUGAAACAGAAACAAAGUUCUCUCUCUCCUGCUCGUGGGACACAUUGUCUCUGCCACUUUCACCCUUGGAGGCUUCACUCUCUGCACCCGAGACAACCCCCAGUGAAUUUGUAAGGGUCUCACCUCAAUUAACUUUAAAACCCUGCGCUCUGUACCUCUCCUCAGCUCUGCAGUGGGGUUUGUGGGGCACCCUGGUCCUGCUGGUACUGAGAGAGAUGAGAAGUGACCCCUUUUCUGUGAGGGAUCAGCCUGUCCCAGCCUCGGCAGGGUCCGGUCGCAGAGCCGUAGGCUGCAGCGAGGGCUCGCUCCCUGCGGAUCGCUUGACGAGGAGCUGUCUGGGGAGCUUCUUCCUUUGCUUCUCCUGCCCCUUAGUCCCCAAGAAUAUUUCUGGGGAUCUCCUUUAUUCUCAGUCAUGCCCCUAAAUUCCAGUAGCAUCUCUUGGAGCUCCAAGCACCACCCUAUGCCAUGGGUUUUACCCCAGCCCUGUUAAACAUUGUUGCUUGUCUGGGUAUUCCUCAUUAGAAAGCUGGGAUUUUUCUAUUCAUGCUUUUUCAUUGAACACUGAUGCUAAGCAAUUCAGAGUGCCUGAUAGAGAACAGCUCUUUCCUUCUGGGAUCCAGAGCUGCCAAUAGCUUUUAUUUUCUUUCAUUAGGAGAAAAAAUAAAGGGUUCGGUCUGAUGUGGACUCUUAACUGUGAGGAUGGGUCUGAUCUCAAACUUGUCUGAGCAGGGCUCCUUCCCUGUCCUUUGUGCUCCUCCCCACCCCUCACACACUGAUCGAGCAGAAAUGAAAGGAUUAUUUUAUUUGAGAAAAUAAAAGUUGCUAUUUCAUGUGGA